AUGGAUAAGUCAUGGAUUAUUAAGCCACAAUCAUCGAUUGCGUAUCAAAAAGGGAUACAAGAAUUUAUUGAUUUUGCAUUUAAAGGUGCAAAAGAAAACGACGUAGUAAUAUGUCCUUGCAAACGUUGCGGUUUCAGAAAAUUAAAGAGUAGGAGUGACAUGUUCGACCACUUAAGUUGGUCACCAUUUCCGCAGGGAUACACCAUGUGGAUCCAUCACGGAGAGUCUUUUGUACGAUCUAGUACUAUCUCCCCUAGUACUACUCCAAGUAUGGUAGAAGAUACUAACAUUGUCGAAGAACCUAUUCAGAACAUGAUCAACGAUGCAUUUGGAGUUUAUGGGAAUCAUGCAAAUGAAAUACCAUCUGCGUCAAAUUUGGAGAUUGAACAAGAAGAUUAUGUGAUGCCAAGCUCAACUCAGGAAAGAAACGAAGCCAAGGAGUAUUAUGAGUUGGCUAGAGAAGGAGAACAACCUUUAUAUGAAGGGUGUAUACGAUAUUCAAGACUAUCUUUUUUGGUUAAGUUGUACCAUAUAAAGUGUUUAUGUGGAUUGAGUGAGAAGGCAAUGACAAUGAUUUUAGAGUUAAUAAAAGAUGCAUUUGAAUAUGCAAACAUUCCAAGUUCAUUCUAUGAAGCCAAGAAAUCAAUCACAAAACUUGGUUUGAAUUAUGUAAAGAUACCCGCAUGUCCAAACGGUUGGUUGGGUUCACUUUCUGGGUGGAACACAUACACAGGACUUGCUUGCCCAUCGUGUAACUUUCAAACUACACCUCUCCGUCUUAAAGCUAGUCGUAAAUGGUGUUUUAUGGGUCAUCGUCGUUUCCUUGAUCGGAGACACAGGUUUAGAUUGAACAAGAUCCGCUUUAAUGGUGAACAAGAAAUGCGGAGUCCACCGAGAACAUUAUCUGGACAUGAAGUUUUUGAAAAGGUUAAAGAUGUUGAAGUCAUCUUUGGUAAAAAGGCAGUGAAAGAAAAAUCAGUAAAAAGAACACGUGAGGAACAACCUAUAGAAGGUGAUAGUACACAAUGUGAUCCUACAAAAGAAGUUAAACUUGGAGGUCCUGUUCAUUAUCGAUGGAUGUAUCCUGUUGAAAGGUACUUGGGAAAACUUAAAUCGUAUGUACGUAAUAAGGAAAAACAAGAAGGGUCUAUUGCAGAAGGAUAUCGUUUUGAAGAGAUUCUUACAUUUUGUUCAAGAUAUCUAGAAAAUAUUGAGACUAGAUGGAAUCAACCUGGACGUGUAGAUGACGAACCUAUUGAUGAUAUCCAAACUGCUUCACGUGUAGCUGAAUUAUUUCCUAGAGUUGGAAAACCUGUGGGUGGAUCUUCUUAUUACACCCUAACACCAACUGAAAAAUUGCAGGCUCAUAGACACGUUUUAACAAAUUGUCCAAUAGUUGACGACUAUCUAAAAUAUUCAAGCAAUAGUGAUACCCAAAUGAGAUUUGGAGGGGUCCCUUACUAUGGAAGAUUAAUAGAUAUUAUUGUGCUUUCCUAUGAUGGCUUCACAGUGCCCAUGUUUAAAUGUGAAUUGGCUAAUACCAUAAACCCAAGAGGAAUUAAGAUAGAUAAGUUGGGUUUUACCUCUAUAAACUUUGCAAGACUACUACAUACUAGUGAACAUGAAGAUAAUGAGCCAUAUAUUCAAGCAUCUGAAGCUCAUAUGGUUUUUUAUGUAGAUGAUGAGAGUGAACAAGGAUGGAGCAUACAUGUUCAUUUGAAGCCAAGAGACUUGUAUGACAUGGGUGGAAAUGAUGAAAUUAUGACACCCAUUGUGCCAUAUCCAUCACAAAAUUUGGAACAAAUCUUUUCAAAUGAUGAUCUUGGAACUUCAGCGACAAAUGAUGACAAUAGUUAA